GAGGGAGUGAUGUCACCGAUUGAAACGCUAUCAGUGCACUACCCCCAAACUAGCUAGCCAUUUCACACCGGUUACAUCCAGCAUAACCCCUCAUUCAAUUACGCCAGUGGCAAACAGUGAAAUGUGAGGAGCAGGAACAGCUAUAGCCCUCAAACUCACCUCUGGGUCUCAAAGCCAGUUCCACUGCAUUUCUUCAUUGUUCUCCUGUCAUCGGGGACUGAUCUAGACCUGGGACACCAGGUGGGUGCAAGUCAUUAUCAGUUAGAACAGAAAACCAGCAGGCUCGUAGGGCAGGGGAGCGUUUCCCAAACUUGGUGUGCAUUUUGGUUUUUGUCCUAACACUACACAGCUGAUUCACAUUAACAAAGCUUGAUGAUUAGUUGAUUAUUUGAAUCAGCUUUGUAGGGCUAGGGGAAUAAAAAGAAAAUGUGCAGCCCUUUGGGGUUCAGGUGACUGAGUGUGGGAAGCCUUUGUCAUAGGGUAAAAGUUGAAUACCCCUGGGCUGUAGGCUGCACACCUUGGGUCAAAUAUUAGAUUCUGUAGCUGUGUAUUUUAUCAAAACAAUUCUGUUCUACAAUGGUUCCUUUCUUUAGCUCAGGGUUGUUUUGCCUAUUGUUGGCAGCUGUGGGCAUACAAGCACAACAGAAACCUUCUAUAAAUGACCUCAACGCUGAAUGCCUUGGUAACGUUAUUCGUUUGAGUGUCGCUCCUCUUUUUAAAGAGGUUGAUGCUGUCUUCAAUGACACACAAAUCAUAAACCUGACGCCUGGCCUUGCUACUCAGUGUGGAUUCAGCUUUAAAUUUGACCCCAUGGGGAAUGCCAUGUUUUUUGCUUCUCUUCAAAACUGCUUUUCCCAAAACAUGGAUGAUAAGAUGUUCAGCUUGGUCAUGCAGUUCAGGCUGCCAGGAAACCACAUGAAUGAAGACCCUGUGUAUAGAGUGGGCAAAACCUGUAGCUACACCCCCAGGACCUCCCGAGAGAUUCUGUGCGACCGCAACUACAUGGAGGUGUCUGUCAGAAGGACUCUUCCAGACAUCCAAACCGUCCCUGAACAGCCCACUGGAGGCCCGAAAGCAAGGAGCGGCAACUUCCGGAGAGGAGCUGAGGCUGUUGCUUCAGGAUACAAAAUGACAACAGUUGUCUUUAGUCCUAGCAAGAAGGUCAUGAGUGUGGAUGAGGUCCAAAGAAAGGGCUAUGCAAUAGCCAACACUCCCACACGGCUGGUGUUAAGAAGCCCUCAUAAUGCAGAGGAGACAUACCUCCAGAAUGUAGCUGGGGUUCCGAUGCGGGUGCUCUCAGCCUCAACCUUCUUUGAGCAGAAGUGGCUGGUUACUCGAGUAGAUGCCACGGCUGUUUGUCCAACACCAGGGGCAGUGGCCUUUACUCCAGAAGGGAUCACCUGGUACAUGCCCAAGCACAUAGACCCACUUUUCUCCUCUGAUGCCUUCACCAUGUUGGAGGUGUACAUGGGAAUUGACGCUAAGAGGCUGGACACUGAGGAAAUGGCUGCCAGAAACUACUCGGUUUUAGUCACAGAGGCUCAUAUUAUUGUUGAAAUUCCGGUGGGGGCGGUUGGCGGCUAUUUCAAGGUCAGCUUUGGAUGAGUGACAUGUUCCUGUUUAAUUUCUAAAUCAAAUCUUAUUUGUAGAGGCCUUUUUACUGCAGCAGUUGACAGUGCUUUGCAGUAACCCUUUGCCAUCUCUCAUGGGAUAACUCCUAGAAAUGUUGUCUUCUGUUAAAUGUUUCUUAGUGAGCAAUUGUCUGCUUAAUCAGGCUAAUAUACAAUGGAUUGUUGGGUGUGUGUGUAUACAGCCUGACACAUUGGAUUUGAAAAUCGUGUGAAUGUUGCAAAAAAUGACACUUAAACAUACUCUACUGUUUGUCCUUCAGCCGCUUGAAAUUUGAGACCAAAUAUCCACACUAAAGUAUUGUUUACCUGACUUUUUAGGGAGCCGGUAGCUUUGCCACUCAACUGAAUGCAAGCAACGUUCGGUUACACUCGGCUACUGUUUACAUAUUGUGUUUACUUUGCGU